AUGCAAAGUGAUAUAGUUUUUAAAAAAGAUAUAUCUGAAUAUAAUAAAGACAUGAUGAAUGGUAUUCAUAAUGUAUCAUCUUGUAAUGUAUCAGUAUAUAUAGAAAAGAGUCUUGAUAAUAUUAAAAAGGUAAAUUACGACGAAAAAAUAAAAAAAUACAAUAAAAAUAAUUAUAAUAGCACUUGUAAUAAUUUAUCUGAAUCAAAUAAAUUAUCAACAAAAAGAUACAAUUCUAAUAUUUCAUCUCAUUCCCCAAUUAUGUUAAAUAACUCAGUAAAUCACAAAAAUUAUAAGCAAUUUCAAAAAAAAUCUUAUGUGAAUAUGAAUAGUGAAGAUUUUAGAUUUAAAGAAUCAAUAAAUAAGUAUAUUGAUGAUAACAAUUCAAAGAAUAUUAUAGAAAUAAAUAAUACUAACCAUGUCAUUUCUUCUUCUAACUCAGAAAACAUUCCAUAUAAUAAUAUAAAAAAUAUAAAUUAUCCAAAAAAAAAUAAUAGUAAUAUUAUAAGUAAUGGUAGUAAUAAUUUAGAUAAAAAUUAUUAUGUAAAAAACAGUACAAGAAUUAAUAAUACAUCAUCUAAUCAAACAAGUUAUGACUCUAAAAAUGAAAAUAAUCAGAAUUAUUUUGAUAUAUCAUUAGAAAAUUCUAAUAAUGAUAAUGUGAAUGUCACUACAAUGGAUACAAACAAUUUUGUUCUUUCUAAGUCAUCUAAUGAAAAUAACAUAAAUGAAUUGGUAAUAAGUAGUAAUAUAACAGAAAGCAAUGAAAAUAAUAUUCAUAAUAAUAAUACAUUUUUAAAUAAUACUAAUAAAAACUCCAAUAACUUUUAUAGCACUCUAACAAAUUAUGAUAAUAGAAAUAAUAGUAAUUGCAAGAAUAAUAGUAAUAAUCAGAUUAGUAAUAAUAAUAAUUAUAUUAAUAAUAAUAAUAACUAUAUUAAUAAUAAUAGUAAUAAUAACAGUUAUAUUAAUAAUAAUAAUAUUAACAACAAUAAAAAUAUUUACAAUAAUAAUAGUACUAAUUGUAAUAAUGCUACUUCAUCAAAAAAUAAUCCUUCACAAAACAAUAUACCUACAGUUGGAUUUAUGAAUGUAAAAGGAAAUGUAAAAAGUUCUGUAUUGAAUAAUAAAAAUAAUAAAAAUAAUGGUAAUCGUAUUGUUAAAAAUUCAAAUUCAUUAAAAAAUGAAAAUGUUCAUGAUAUAAAAAAUAUAGAACCAAAAUGUAACACAAAAAAUAAUGAAAAUAAAAGUACAGAGAAUAAAUGUAGCAAUGAUAUUAAAAGUAAUGAAAAAAAAAAUAAUAGUAAUAAUAGCAAUAAGUGUAGUAAUAAUAACAAUAACAACAAUAGUAAUAAUGCUAAUGAUGAUAUUAUUAAUAUUAACAAUAAUAAUUAUAAUGAUAAUAAUAAUAAUAAUAGUAAUACUAUCAAUAAUGACAAUAUGAAUAAUAACCAUGAAAAUAAUAAUUAUAAUGAUGAUAAUAAUAAUAACAUUAAUACUAAUAAUAAUGACAAUAUGAAUAAUAACCAUGAAAAUAAUAAUUAUAAUGAUGAUAAUAAUAACAAAAAUACUAAUAAUAAUGACAAUAAGAAUAACAACCAUGAAAAUAAUAAUUAUAAUGAAAAUAACAAUGAAAAUAAUAAUAAGAAUAAUAAUGAAAAUACUAAUAGUAAUAGUAAUACUAAUAAUAAUGACAGUAACAAUGAAAAUAAUAAUAUGAAUACUACUACUACUAAUAAUAAUAGUAAUACUAAUAAUAAUGACAAUAAGAAUAAAAAUGAAAAUAAUAAUAAUAAUAAUAAUGAAAAUAAUAAUAAUAAUAAUAAUAAUAAUGAAAAUAAUAAUGAAAAUAAUAAUAAUAAUAAUAAUGAAAAUAAUAAUAAUAAUAAUAAUAACAAUAGCAAUAAUAAUAAUAAUAACAAUAGCAAUAAUAAUAAUAAUAACAAUAGCAAUAAUAAUAAUAAUAACAACAACAACAACAACAAUAAUAAUAAUAAUAAUAAUAAUAAUAAUAAUAAUAAUAAUAAUAAUAAUAAUAAUAAUAAUAAUAAUAAUAAUAAUAAUAAUAACAAUAGCAAUAAUAAUAAUAAUAAUAACAACAAUAAUAAUAAUAAUAAUAAUGAAAAUAAUAAUGACAAUAAUAAUGAAAAUAAUAAUGACAAUAACAAUGAAAAUAAUAAUGACAAUAACAAUGAUAAUAAUAAUAUGAAUACUACUACUACUAAUAAUAAUAGUAAUACUAAUAAUAAUGACAAUAAGAAUAACAAUGAAAAUAAUAAUAAUAAUAAUAAUAAUAAUAAUAAUAAUAAUAAUAAUGAAAAUAAUAAUAAUAACAAAAAUAAUGAAAAUAAUAAUAAUAAUGAAAAUAAUAAUAAGAAUAAUAACAAUGAAAAUAAUAAUAGUAACAAAAAUAAUGAAAAUAAUAAUAAUAAUGAAAAUAAUAAUAAGAAUAAUAAUAAUAAUAAUAAAGAAAUAGAAAAGAAAGAAAAUGAUAAUAAAGAUAAAAAGGAUAAAGAAGAAUCUAAAAAAUUAAUUAGUAAAGAUACACUGAAUAAAAAUGCAUCCAAUAACAAUGAAUCACAAAAUUCAAUUAAUAAAGGGCAUUCUUCAUCAGUCAAUUCAUUUAAUAAUUCUUCUUUAAGUUCUUUAAAUGCAAAUGCUCCUGAGUUUGUCCCAUCUUCAAAAAAUAUACAAAAUAAUCUUCCUUUUAACAAUAUAAUGUGGAAUAGUUAUUAUCAGGAUAUACAUACUACACCUUUUAGUAAUGUACAAAGUAAUAAUAUUAUAAAUAACAUGACAUCACAAGAUAAUAGUAGCAUUUUGAAUCCCAAUUCUUUAAUAAAUCCUGUUAUUAAUGGAAUUAGUACCUCAUCAAAUAACUUAAUGAAUAUGGCUAAUUCCAAUAUUUCUACAUCAAAUAAUGUAAAUGUUUCUAAUAAUACAAGUGGAAUUAUAAAUUCGUCUAAUAGUAUUAAUAAUUUAGAUAAUGAAAACACUAAAAAUAGUAAUAACAAUAAUAGUAGUAAUAAUAAUAAUAACUCUGUAAACAAUCCAAAGCAAACAAAUAAUCAUGAAAAUAAUGGUAAUAAUGCCACUAAUUCCACAAAUAUACAUACAUCUUCUAUUCCUGUAUCAACAAGUGGAACAUCUUCACAAACUAAUUUUUUAAAUCCAAAUAUGAUUUCAGGAAUGAAUAAUUUAAGAUCCAAUAAUUUUAUGAACAAUUCAGGUGGAAAUAUUAUAAAUAGUUCAGAAAAUUCAGCACCAUUUCAUCAUAUGGAUGCACACGCACACCCAAAUUUUCAACCAAAUAGUUCAUUACUUCAUCAUCAUCAUAAUUUUUAUGUAAAUCAUCCAUAUUUAAUAAAUAGCCAUCCAAAUGGAUUACCAACUCCUCAAACAAUAUUUGCCCCUUUAUCAUAUGGCAAUUCUUUAGCAUCAGGUAAUGUUCAUCAUGAUAUUCCUUUUCCUCAACCCCCUUCUGUAUAUGGAUCAUUUGCUAAUAAUCCUAACCUUAUAGGAAAUAAUAGUCUUCCUUCCCAAAAAAAUAGUGCUUUAAAUGUUAAUCCAUAUAAUUUUUUGUCUUGUACUAUUCCAUCCCCACCACAGAUACAACAUAAUACACCUUUAAAUAUGAGUUCAUUAGAUCCCCAUUUCAUUGCAAACUCAGCUAAUACACAUAUAAAAAUUCCAUAUAGUCAUGUAAAUCAACCUAACAGAAGAAAUCUUUUUAAUCAUUUUAAUAAUGCAAAUUUGCAUAAUGGAAACAGCAUAAAUGAUAACAAUUUUGAACAUAAUAGUAAUAAUAUGAACUCAGUUAUUACUGGAAAUUUAAAUUAUAACUUUAAUAGCUUUAAUGCUAAUCAAAACAAUAAUAUUCAUAUAAAUAAUGAUAGUAAUACUUUACAUUUAAAUUCAGGAGUAGGAGGAAAUAUAGCAUUAAAUAAUAGUGCGAAUGUUUUGUGUUUAAACAAUCCACUACAUAUUAAUAAUUCAACAAAUGUAGCACAUCAUCACAUGAACAAUAUAAAUAAUAAUUUGCAUUUAAGUAACAUUCAUAUGAAUCAUAGCUUACUUAUGAAUAAUAAUAUGAAUAAACAAAAAAGAAAUAAUUCUUAUAAUGAAAGAAAUAAACCAUAUAAUUACAGAGAUAAUAAAAAUACGUUAAAAAAUAACAUACUAAAUUUAAAUGGUACCAUGAAUAAUUAUAGUCAUUAUAAUAUGAGGCAUGAUAAUAAAAAGCACAAUAGAUAUAAUUCUUUGAAUAAUGCAAAUAAUAAUUUUAAUUCUAAUUAUAAUUUAAAUAACAAUAAUUUGAAUAAUGUUUCAAAUAAUUCCAAAACUGUAUAUAAUAGUCACAGUAAAAAUAUGAAACAAGAAAAUUAUAAUAGAGAUGAUAACAAUUGUUCAGUGAAUUAUUAUCAAAGAAAUAAUACUACUAAUGCUAAUAAUAAUAACAUGAAUAAUAACAAUAAUACUAAUAAUUCUAAUUCUACUACUGCAGACAAUAAUAAUAAUAAUGUUAGUAUUCCAUUAAAAGAAGUUAACAUAGAUAUGAAAGAUAUGGACGAUAAUUUUAAUGAAAAUGCUGCAUGUAACAAUGAUAUAUCAUAUUCAUACAAAGGAAAAAAUUACAAUUUAAAUAACUCCAAUUUAAAAAAUAAAAAUGGUAAUAUUGUGAAUAAUAAUUUAAAUAUGCAAAACGAAGUUUCUAACGAAAAACGAUCAUGUAAUAAAAAUGAUAAAAAUAAUAAAGACGAUUUUAAAGCAAAUCGAAAUUAUGUUAAUAAUAAAAUGAAUGAAGAAAAAAAUAUAACUAGUGUUAAGAGGGAAUUAACAAAAGAUAAGAGUGGUAAACAACCUGAUCAAUUUCAUAAAAAAAAUUAUUCUGAAAUAAAUAAUUCUAGUAAUAAUAAACAACAAAAUAAUUUUGUUAGUAAUAAAUAUCAAAACAAUGUUGAAAAAAGAGGAAGUGUAAGAAAUGUUGAUAAUAAUAAAAUAAGUGAUAAAAAAAUUAAAAAUGAAGAUGAUAAGAAAUUCAAGGAUAAGAGUAACUUAUUAAAUACCGAUUCUGUUAAUUUAAAUAACAUGAAUAUUAAUAAUAUUCCAAAUAAUGAUGAAAAUUUAAAUAAAAAUACAAAUGAUGUAAUCAGUGUUGAUAAUAGUUUUGUAAACAAUAAUAAUAAUAAUAAUUUUAAUAAUAAUAUGAUAAAUAAUAAAAAUAUGAAUUAUAAUAAUUUAAAAAAUCUUAAAAAUUAUGAUAAAAAAAAUAUGGAAUUUUCUUCAUGGGUAAAAAUUGCCAAGAUGAAUCCUAAUAAAAAAAAAGAAAAAAAUAGUUUAAGCAUUCCGUAUAACAAUGUAAAUAAUUCUAGCAUUAGUUCUUCAAAUCUUAAUAAUAAAAAUAAUGAUAAUAAUUCUAAUCUUAAUGUAACUAAUUUACACAAAAGCAAUUACCAUAUAGAUUCCAGUAAUAAUGAUAACAAUAAUGAAAAAUCUAAUAUUCAAACCUCUAAAAUAAAUAGCGAUAAUAUAUGUAAUCAGAACAGUGAUUUAACUUUCCAAAAAAGUCAACCAGAUAUAAAUACUUCCAAUUCUAACUCUAAUACAAUUAUAAAAGAAAACAAAAAAAAAAAUGAAGAAGAAGAAAAAGAAAGAGAAAAGGGGUCAAGCAAAGAAAAAGACACAAGCUACAAAAAUAGCAAAAAAUCAAGUGAAGACAAAAUAGAUGUAAAUGCAAAAAAUAAAAAAACGAGUUAUUCAACUAAUAAAAAUUUUACCGAUAAGGAAAAUAAAGAGAAAUUAAAAACAAAAUAUGAUAAUAAUAAAAAGAAUGAAAUGAAUGAAAGGAAAAGUAAUAAUGCAGUGAAUACUUUUUCACAUAGGCAAAGAGAGAAAUUAAAAAUUCAAAAUGUAGAAAUAAAACAAAUUAAUGAAAAAAUUAUGAAUAUUAAUACAAAAAAUGAUGACUCUAGAAGUAUGAAUAAAAUAACUGAAAAUGAAAAUUCAGAUAUUUCCAAAAAAAAUAACGGAAAGGUAGCAAAUGAAGUUAAAAGGGAUUCUAAUAAAUUGUAUGUUGAUGAUAAUAAUGGAAAUUUUGAAAAACCAAAUGAUUUAGGAGAAGAUUACAUGAGUAAAAAUGAAAUGGAAUACAGUGAUAGUGUUAUUAAUAUGAGGAAAGACAAAAAUACUAAUAUAUCAUCAAAUAGUAUAAAAAGUGAAUCUGUUAGAAAUAAAGAAAAUCAAAAAGAAUUCUAUAAUUUUACAGUAGGUGAAAACAAAACAAACAAAACCAAUCCUGAUAAUGUAACAAAAAAAAAUAAUGUAAUUACAAACAAAGAUAGUUAUAAAUAUUUAAGUACAAAUGAUUUGAACGUUUCUAAUAUUAAUGAUAGAUCGUCAUCUUCUUAUUCUAAUUCUAAUUCUAACUCAAAAAAUUUUAUGUGGGAAGGAAAAAUUUCUUUUGCUGAAAUGGCCAAAAGAAAACCAAAGAAAGAAUCUAAAGAAUCGAAAUCAGAAUCAGUAUUAAAUGAAAAAAAAAAUAAUAAUAAUUCGAAUAAAACAGAUAAAAUCUCAAAAAGAGAUAAUAAAUAUACUUCUAACACUACAAUAAAUGAUAAAACCGCUAAUAAAGGAGAUAAUGCUAGUUUAAGUAAAGAGAAUAAAGAUAUAAAAAAGAAAGGUGAAGUUAAAGAAGAUAUGGCAAAAUCAUGCAAUAAUAAUAAUUUAGUUAAAAAAGAAAACAAAAAUGAAAUGGUAAAAAUAGAUGAUAGAGAAAAAGAGAAAAAUAUGUUCGAUAAUUUAGAAGCAAAAGAGAAUAAAGAAAAAUUGUGUAAUGAAAAAGUGGAAUCUUCAGAUGGUAUUUCAGUUGUUACUGAUAUUAAAAAAAAAAAUGAUAAAUUAAAGGAAAAUUAUAAUGAUAUAGAAAGAAAAGAUAAGAGUGAAAUAAAAUCAGAAAAAGAAUUAGAUGGAACUUAUUCAGAUCAGGUUAAUAAUAAGAAAAUAUGUAAUAAUGAAAAGAAUAACUUGAAUGAUGCAAAUCAAAUAGUAGUAGAUAAAGACAAAAUAAAUAAUAAUAGUAAGAAUCAAGAAUUAUUAGAUGAAAAGAAUAUAGUUGAUGUAAGCAAUACUUCAACACAUAUUACUAAUGAAGAUAAUUUAACUAAUGUAAAAAAAAUUAAUGAAAAAGAUAGAGAAAUCAUAGAUUAUGCAACUAAAGAUAUUGAGAAAGCGGAUGAAAGUUCUAAAAAAAAGAAAAAAAAGAAAAAAGUUGAAAAUGAAGAAGAAUGUAAAUUGAUGGAAGAAUAUAAAGAUGAAGAAGUACAAAAUAAAACUAUUAUUAAGGAAGAAAAUAUGCAAGAAAAUGAAAGCAUAAAUGAAAAUAUUUCUUUAAAUAAUAAAAUAAAUUUAUCUAAAAGUUCAAAGGAAAAUAAAAAUGAUGCAGUAAGAAUUAAGGAAUUAAGUGAAGAGACAAAUACUUCUAGUAAUAUCGAUGAUUUAAAAAUAAAAAAUCAUUCUAUAAAAGAAGGAAGUAAAUUGAUAGAAAAAAGAGAAAUAGAUUCAUGCAAAAAAAAUAUUAAUAACUGUAUUGAUGUGAAAAAAGAAAAUAUUAAUAAAAAUUUAAAAGAGAAUAAUAAAUUUUAUAAUGAAGAAGAUAUAAAAGUCUCUGCUUCUAAUAAUGAAGAAACUAUGAAAACAAAAUCAAAUGAAGAUAUGUUAAAUGUAGAAAAUGAGGAAAACAAAAAGAAAAAAAAAAAUACAUUAACAGAAGAAAAAAAAAGAGAAUGUGAUAAAUACAAUGAAGAUACAAAAACAGAAAAAGAAAAGGUGAAAGAAGAGGAAUUAAAACUUCAUAAAAAGAAUUUAGAAGAUAUUUGUUACAAAGAACAAAAUGAAGAAAACAAGAAAAAUUUAUUAAACGAUACAACGAAAAAAAGUAAUAAUGUUGAAACUAAUAUAGAUAAAAAGGAAAAUAUAAAACUUUAUAAUUCAUCUAAAAUAAGUACAAAGGAUAAGACUUGUAUUAAUAAUAAUGUAACAGAUGAUUUUAAAAAUAAUGUUUUAAUUAAUGAAGUAUCAAAUAACAAUAAAAAAGUAAUAUGCGAAGAAGAAGAAGAAAAUAUCAAAUUAUAUCACAAAGAGAACUUUAAUAAAGAGAAUAAAGGAUCAAAAGAAGAAAACGCAGAGGACGAAUUAUUGGAAUCGUUAGAAAAACAAGUAAAUAACUUAGAAAAAAUGAGAGAAAAUGAAAAAUUAAAAGAAGAUAAAAUAAAAGAAGAAAAACAAUUAGAAAAGAAAAAAAAAAUUGAAAAAUUAUAUAAAGAAAAAGUAUACACAAAAAUAGAUUUAUUAGAGAUUUAUUUAGGUCAUAAUUGGAAUAUUGGUGAUGAUAAAUUUAAUUUUGUUUUAUCUCAAGGUUCAAAUAGUGAAAUGGAUUACAAUAGUAAUAAUAAUAAUAAUACUAUUAAUAAUAAUAAUACUAAUACUAUUAUUAAUAAUAAUAAUGAUAAUGAUAAUGAUAAUGAUAUUUAUAUUAAUAAUAAUGAUAAUAAUAAUAUUAAUAAUAAUGAUAAAACUAAUAAUAAUAUUUAUAAUAAUAAUAAUAAUAAUUAUAAUAAUAAUAUUAAUGCUAAUAAUAUUAAUAAUAAUGAUGAUAAUAAUAAUGAUCUUAAUAAUAAUAUAAAUGAUUUUAAAAAUAUGAAUGUAUAUAACAAAAGAUAUAAUUCAUGUUAUACUAAUAAUACUAAUAAUAACAUUAAUAGUGUUAAUAGUAAUAAUGUCAUUAUUAAUAACAAUACUAAUAACAAUAAUAAUAAUAAUAUGAUUAACAACAAUAAUAAUAAACAAACACAAGCAAAUCAAGGCACAAAUAAUAAAAAUAUAGAAGAUGAUUGGAGAAGUUCUAUGUCUAAAAAUAUUAUGAAUAAUUUAUUUAUAAACAAUAAUCAAAAUAAUAAUUUCUUUAAUAAUAAUAUGCUUGCUGGAAAUACUAUAUAUGAUCAGAAUUUACAAAAUAAUAAUUUAAUGAAAAACACAACUAACUUAGAAUGGAGAAAAAGUGAUGGAGAUAAAUUAAAAGGAUUUUUUGAUUCUACUAGAGUUGUUGAAUCUGCUGAUCCAUGGAGAAAUAAUAAUGCUCCACCAACUAAAACAAUUGCAGAAAAUAGUUGGAUUCUUAAACAGAAUCAAUUAAAAGCAGAUAAAUAUACAUGUAUGAUGCGUAAAUUAAGAGGUAUAUUAAAUAAAUUAACUUUUGAAAAAUUUGAUUUAUUAUAUGAGCAAAUUAUUCUUGUUGGCAUAACUAAAUUAGAAGAAAUUGUUGGUUUAAUGAAAUUAGUUUUUGAAAAAGCUGUUACUCAACAUCAUUUUGUUCAAAUGUAUGUUCAAUUGUGUAAAAAGUUGAAUGUUCAUUUUCACAAUAUGAAAUUAGAAGAUGAUACAACAGUUCAAUUUAAAAAGAUAUUAAUUAAUCAAUGUCAAGAUUCUUUUGAAAAUAAUUUAAAACCAAUAGAAUAUCCUAGUAAUUUAAAUGAAGAAGAAAAAUUUGAAUUUGAACAGAUGCAUAAAAAUAAAGUUAGAGGUAAUAUGCUUUUUGUUGGCGAAUUAGUUAAAUCUGGUAUUAUAUCUAUACCUAUUGUUUUUGUAUGCAUUAAACAAUUAUUAGAGAAAAGAGAAAGUUUUAUAGCAUUAAAGAAUGAUACAAAUGAAGGAAACUUACAUUUAGAAGCAUUAUGUAUGUUUUUGAAUACAGUUGGAGAAAUUUUAGAUACUCACGAAAAAGCAAAUCAAGAAAAAGUAAAAGAAUUAUACAAUACAUUGAAUGAAUUAGUUAAUAAUGAAAAAAUUACAUUUCGUGUUAGAUGUCUUAUUAAAGAUGUUAUUGAUAAUAGAAAUGAAAAAUGGAAUAAAAAAUUUGCUCACAAAUUAGAAGGACCUACAACCUUAAGUGUGUUGCAUGAUAAAAUAUUAAAAGAGAAUAUAGAUCAAUGUAAUAGAAAUUUUUCAAACAAUAAUAUGAAUUAUCAUGAUAACAAAAUGAAUAGUAAUUUAAGCAAUAUGAGAAACAAUAUUCUUCGCAAUGCAAAUUUUAAUAUGAAUAAUAAUAACGCAAAUUUUAAUAUGAUGAAUAAUAAUAUGAAUUUAAGAAAUAUAAGUGGAAUUAAAAAUUUAGACGGAAAUAAAAAUAUUAAAAAGAUGCCACUAAAUUUGGGUAAAAAUAAAAAUAAUACUUCUAAAAUUAUUCCUGAUGAUAUGAAAAAUGGAAUAGAUAACAAUUAUUUUGAUAUAAUGUCAAAAAAUCAUAUUCCAUUUAAAAAUCAACCAUUCAUAAAUAAUGAUCAUAGUGAUAUUAAUAAUAAUAAUAAUAUUUUUAGUAAUUUGAAUUCUAGAAUAUCAAAUAAUAAAGAUAAGAAUGAUAAAAUAUUUAUGAGAAAUUAUAACAUUAAAAAAAAUAAUAACAAUAAUGAUGAUGUUAAUAAAAGAAAUACAGUGAAUGAAAAUAAUAAUGAAGAUUUCAACGAACGAGGAUUUAAUAGAAAUAAUUUGAAUGAUGAGGAAAAUAACAAAGUAACUACAACUGCUACUACAUCUAACAUUAAUUCAACCUCUAGUAAUGUAGCAAAGAAAAUUACAAAAGAUCAUGUAAAAGAUACUACAGAAGAUUAUACAUUUGUUGAAGAAUAUUUACCAAAAGUAAAUGAAAUUCUAGAAAUGUCUACUACUACUCAAGAGUGGGAAGAAUUGACAAAAAAAUUUGAAGAUCUAAAUAUUCCCUCGAAAUUUAAUGACAAACUUCAUACUAAUAUAUUAAAACUUACCCUAAAGAAAUAUGCAUGUAACAAAAAUAUAGAAAAAAGUUCUGAUUUUUUUAAUUGGUUAAUUUCUAUUGUACUCUCUAAUAAAAUUGAUUUAGAAUCAUUUAAACCAUGUUGGAAAUCUUUUAUGUUAGAAAAAGAUGAAAAUAGUUACGUAUAUACAAAAGAAGAUUAUCCUUUGUUACCAGAUAUAGCGAAAAAUUUUAUUAAGGCAAUUGAGUUAUAUGAUAAAAAUCAUUUAUUAUAUGAUGUAAACACUUUAGAGGAAAUGAAAAAUAAUAUUUAA